AUGGCCGCCCCCAACAGGAGAGAGGCCCCUGCUUGCAGGUGGUCCUUCACCUUGCACAACUAUGGCGAUGACGACGUGGCGCGCCUGCGGAACAUCGACCCCGCGGCAAUCAAGUUCAUGGUUGUCGGUGCGGAGGUGUCCCCGACCACCGGGACACCCCACCUACAGGGCUACGUCAACUUUGCCAGGAAGAUUCGUACCCCGCAGGUGAAAGGGCACCUGGGCGACAGAUGCCACGUCGAGAAGGCCGUCGGCAACGACCACGACAACGACCGCUACUGCUCCAAAGAUGGCGACGUCGUCGUCCGCAUGGGACAUCCCGUCAGACAGGGCCAGAGAAACGACCUGACGGCCGCCACCCAUUUCCUGCAGGAAAAUGACGGCGACCUGUCUGCACUGGCCCAAGAGAUGCCGGAGACCUUUGUGCGACAUCACCGCGGUCUGGAGGCCUAUGUCUCCUACGCCCGUCUGCAGCCGGUCCGCGACUUCCUGACCCGCUGUUUUGUCUUUGUUGGGCCGCCGGGAUUUGGCAAGAGUAGGUUGGUGCGGGAGUACCUGCCAGACGACACGACCACCUACUACAAACCGGAGGGGGCCUGGUUUGACGGCUACAUGGGGCAGAGUGACGUCGUCCUCAACGACUUCCACGGCGACAUCCCCCGGCCGACCUUUUUGAAUAUGGUUGACCGCUACCCACUGCGAGGGCCGAUCAAGGGCGGCUUUGUCAACUUUGCCGCAAGAAGGGUUUGGAUCACGACUAACAUCUUCCCAAACCACUGGUACGCCAACGACCACGACCCCGCGGCGAUCUUUCGCAGGAUCACACUCUUCCAGUUGUGGGACGACGCGGCACAGUGCUUCAAGGAGUUGGAGUAUUCCAACCUCCCACCCGGCCACGUCCUCUACGGCUGGCAUUACGACUAUUGA